AUGCAAGUGUUCUUCGUGCUCUCGCCCCCUUCCUCAAUGGUGCUAUUCUUUCCUCGUCCUCUUCACAGGUUAUUAGCCUCCAUUUUACCUACCUCUGCGCUGUUCUUCGUGGGCACCCCGUUCGAUGAGUCUUGGCCUCUGGCCAACGCCAUCUGGAUGACGGACUUCUUGCCACUCCUCGGAGACAGAUCGUUCGGCGCGACUGGCAGAGAUCAAGUGCACACGUCAGCCAUCAUGGCCAAAGCGAUCAAGCAUGAGUCGGCCAAGGUCUUGCCGCUCAGUGCACACCUUUUUGGUGUCCGGUAA